UCCUUUCAUUUGCAUUUAACAAUGUUGUUGAAGUUUCUGCUUCUGUAGUUGCUAAACUAUAUAAACGCAGGCAAGACACAGGCAGGUACCAACCGCUCACAGUCUCUCCGCUGUAACCCCGGGUGCAGGAACUUUCUAUGAUCAUGGCCUUCACCAUCUUGCUGCUUGCCUCUGUCGCGGCCUCUGCGUUGGCCGGCGAUUUGUUGACACAAGGAGGGGGAGCUCUUGGCGGUGGCGGUGGAGGACUUGUUGGGCUUGACCUCUACGGCACUGGUGGACAGUUCGGAGGUGGCCUGUCCGGCGGAGGAUAUGGCGUUGGAGGCACCGGAGGCACCGGCAAGGGCUCAUAUUCUUCUUCUUCCUACAGCAGUGGAGGCGGUCUUGGCCAAGGUUAUGGUGGUCUUGGCGGAGCAUAUGGCGGUCUAGGCGGAGCUUAUGGCGGUGUUGGUGGCCUUGGAGGCCUUGGCGGCGCCGGAGGAAAAGGAGGACUCGCUUAUGGCGGCGGAGUUGGCGGUCUUGGCGGUGCUGGUGGCCUUGGAGGUCUUGGCGGCGCCGGAGGAAAAGGUCUCUACGGCGGUGGAGUUGGAGGUCUUGGUGGUGUUGGAGGCCUGGGAGGUCUUGGCGGCGCCGGAGGAAAAGGAGGACUCGCUUAUGGUGGCGGAGUUGGUGGUCUUGGCGGUGCUGGUGGCCUUGGAGGUCUUGGCGGCGCCGGAGGAAAAGGUCUCUACGGCGGUGGCCUUGGCGGUGGUCUUGGCGGAGCAGGUGGUCUUGGCGGUGGUCUUGGCGGAGCAGGUGGUCUUGGCGGUGGCCUAUCUUACGGCAAUGUUGGUGGCGAUCUCUACGGCGCCGGACAGGUGGGACUUGGAGGUGCUGGUGGCGGUCUUGGUGGAGGAUCUUACGGCAAAUAUUGAGCUCUAAGGACCGGCCUUUGAUCUACGAGAAUCAUUGAUGUAUGAAAUCUGCAAAUAAAUUCUGCUUUCCUUAAACCAAGGAGGCUUCAACACAACCAACAAA